AACAAUGAACGCGCGAGGGCCCAAACCUGAUUGAGCACCGCGACAGGGCAGGGCAGGGGCGUCGCUGCAAGGCCGUGUUGCUUUGGGCAGGCGAGAGAGCCCUCGGUCUGAUUACAGAUUGCUGUCCCUUUUCGCUCCUGGUGAGGUGGAGAGGUGUGGAGUAGUUUCUAGGAGUGUGUAGAGAAUUCGAGGAGUGAGGCGGAAGAGUGCGAAGCGCGGAGGCGGAGGUCUCAUGUAGGAGGGGAAUUGGUGGGCGGAUGAUGGUGGAGAGAAGCUAUGGCGAGCAACCCCGCAGCACCGGUGCUGUCUCCACCACCGCUUCUACCUCCUAGACCCGGGUACUGGCGACCACCACCAGCGAAUGUCGCAUUUUCGGAGAGUAGUUUUGGUCGCCAUGGAAAGCUGUCGGCAAUUUUGGAGCCUGUGAUCGAAGCGAGGCAGAAUAGGGCCAAGGAGCAACAGCAGUUGCUGCAGCAGGGGUGGGGAGCGGUGGAAGGGCGGCCCGAGGAAGACAAGCGCCAGGGGAGUCCUACUUCUGCAGCAGCUGGGGCUCGGAAUGAGAAGGAUGCCACCCAUGCCACCCAUGUCCCGACCUGGAAAAAGUACGACAAAGAUGGCAAUGGUUCGACCGGUGCCAAGCAAGCGCCGGAGAUUGGCUCUGGAGGAGAUUGGAGAGAAGAGGCGAAGGCCGCCACCUCUUACCCAGUCGGAGGUUCUCUGCAGAGAGCGAACAAGCGCCGAAUUGGGAAGCACCGCGACGAGAAGCUGCCGUGGCGAACAGGAUUGUCUGCCCAUGGCGUGCUUCUUUUCAACGCCAUUUCCGAACUGGAAGGAGCUCAGAGUCCGGAACCUCUCUUGGAUGCAGCUGACGACACGCUCUCGUUGCAUGACUUGCUGUGUAUGAUAAAGACUUUUGGAAAUGAUGGGAGGUGGCAGAAAGCCCUUCAGGUAUUCACUUGGAUGCGAAAGCACGAGAAAUUGAACCCGGACGAGCCCACCAUAGCGAGUAUGUUGAGAAUUCUGGGCCGGGAAAUGCAGCUCACGACUGCCAUAGAGAUUUUUGAGAGCCUGAAGGGUGAGGGAUAUGGGCUGAAUGUAUACUCCUACACAUCUCUCAUUAGUGCGUACGCACGCAGCGGAAGAUCCCAAGACGCCCUUGCACUUUUCGAGAGGAUGAAGGAGGAAGGCUGCAGGCCGAACUUGGUGACCUACAAUGUCGUAAUCGACAUUUACGGGAAGCGAGGUCGUUCUUGGGACAAAAUUCAGGAUUUAAUUGUCGAACUGAGGAGCCAGGGAUUCCGACCGGACAGGUACAGCUACAAUACGAUGAUCAGUGCCUGCGCCCGGGAGUCCUUGUGCAAAGAAGCCAGGGGUAUAUUUGAGGAGAUGAAAGAGGCAGGAUGUAACCCGGACAAGGUCACCUACAAUGCGCUUCUGGAUGUUUACGGGAAGGCAGGUUGGCACAAAGAAGCAUCCAGGGUUUUGCAGGAAAUGGAGAAAGCAGGGUGCCCACCCAAUAUCGUCACAUACAACGAGCUUCUGGCCGCUUAUGGGAAAUCCGGGCUCCACGCUGAAGCUUUGGCCCUGAAGCAGCAGAUGGUCAGCAAGGGCAUGGAGCCAGACGUCUUCACUUACACUAGUCUUCUUUUCGGGUACAGUUCUGCCGGGCAGGACCGUCUGGCUAUGGAUACUUAUCUGGAAAUGUGUGCAGGAGGGUGUAAGCCGAAUUUGUUCACAUUCAAUUCUCUGAUAGACAUGUUUGGGAAAAAGAAAAUGUUCUCCGAGAUGCUUCAAAUUUUUGAUGAUCUUAGGGACAGUGGGUGCGCUCCGGAUGUUGUUACGUGGAACAGUAUGUUAGGUGCCUAUGGUAGGAAUGGUAUGUACGAGGAGGUGGCUAUGGUGUUCAAGAAUAUGAAGAAGGCCGGGUGCAAGCCCGAGAAAGAUACUUUCAACAUUUUAAUCGAUGCCUAUGGGAGAUGUGGUUCAGCUGAUCAAGCAGUGGGAAUUUAUCACGGGAUGCAACGAGCAGGUUGCAGGCCAGAUAUCGCCACUUUCAAUGCCCUACUGGCAGCCUUCGCCAGGGAAGGACGAUGGGAAUCCACCGAAGAGCUUGUGAUGGAAAUGCAGAAGAAAGGCCACGAGCCCAACGAGGUAUCAUACGCUUCAAUGCUGCACGCUUACGCGAAUGGAGGUCAAUUGGUGCGCCUCAAGAAGAAAGUCGAAGAAAUCUAUGCCUUUUACAACAACACUUUGGAUACUGUCUUGUUGAAAACACUGGUUCUGGUUUACAGCAAGUGUAACCUGUUGGAUGAGGCGGAGCUCGCAUUUGCAGAGCUUCAAAGGAACGGAUACACGCCCGACCUCAAUGCCUACAACGCAAUGAUCACAGUUUACGGAAAGAGAGGACGAGUGGACAGGGCCACGGACUUGCUGGACACACUUAAGCUAAAUGGGAUUGCCCCAGAUUUGGUCACCUACAACGUUGUAAUGAGUAUGUACGGACGAGAAGGGAUGUACAGAAAAGCAGAGGAGGUUUUGCGGGAGAUGCAGCAAGCAGGAACGAAGCCCAACAUGAUUACUUACAAUACGCUAAUAUUUGCGUAUACCAAGCAUGGACGCAUGGAGGAUGCAGCUAGAAUAUUUUUGGAAAUGGUGGAUGCUGGAUUGAAGCCCAACAUAUUCACCUAUAAUACUUUUGUUAGUAGCUAUGCAAACCUUGGCAUGUACACGGAAGCCAUGAAUGUUCUGAAGUACAUGAAAAGGAAUGGUUGCAAGCCCGAGGAACUCACGUACCGAGGACUUUUGGACGCUUACUGUAAAAUGGGCAAAGUUAGACAGGCUAAUCAAAUUCUUCAAUGGAUCAAGGACACUGAUCCCGCUGUUGAUAGAGCUGCUCUCAAGCGGAUCUCCGCGCGGGUAGAAGCUUGGGGUACAAAUCACACAAGAUCUUGAUCCAUCAACUUGUAAGUAAUUAUGUUAAGAGAGGAGUUGCAUCGCAGCUGUUCGCACUGAAGUGCUUUGUGUUUGAUUCCCUCUUGUGUAAAAUGUCGAUUUUCAUGUGCAGAACUACCAUCCUUGUUGGGCACAUGACAGGAAAUUAUUGAAGUCCACGUUUGUGUAUGAUCUUAGUUAUCGCAAUUUUUGUGAGGUGCAAUUUAUGUCGGACAUUGAAGGGCUACGGUAAUGAGAGUAUUCAACAUACAUCAACUGUAACAGUCAUUAUCUUUCCUUCUACAACCCUCGUGCUUUUCUAAGCUGCCUCUGAAACCAAGAACUAGCAGAG